AACCACACACAAGGCUCUGAAAUGGAAGGUGUGUGUACUGUAUGAAAUCAUUAGCACACACACACACAUCGUGAGAGCGAAACAAACAUGCGAGUGGACUCGAGGAAAGGAGAACCCUGAUAAACGUGUGUGUGUUUUAUGAUGUAGAUAUAGCAGUGUGUGUGUGUGUUUAGACAGCGAGAGAGAGAGAGAGAGAGAGAGAGAGAGAGAGAGAGAGAGUGUGUGUGUGUGUGUGUGUGUGUGUGUGUGUGUGUAAACUGCACACUUGGAUUUUCCAGUAAUUGCGAUUCUUGGAAGAGAGAAAUUGGCUACUGUACAUCACACACACUGUGCGCGUGGAUUCGCCCUGAAACCGAGCUGUGCGUCAUGAGCGCACCUGGAUGUGUUCAGGCAAAGUCAACUCACAUCCACUAACACUGCAGCUCAACACACGAUGGAGAACAGCUCAGGAGCAGGAGUGAUCUUAUACGCUUCAUCCAGCUUGAAUCCUGACAGUCCGUCUAGUGGAUAUCAGACUCACUCUCCCUCCUCUCAGUCCCAGCCUUCUUCUCCAGAGGAGAUCUGCUCUGACGUUCAGCACAGGGGCUGUGACCCAAACCCCCUCCCUCGCACUUCUUCUUCUUCACCUAAACUCGUCUUCCAGUUCCCCGAACCGAGCAGCUCACACAUUUCAUCAUCAGGACAAAGCAGAAACUCACAGGUGCCCACGGGCAGGAGGUCAUGUGGAGCUUUCACAAGACCUGGUGGUAUGGUGUUGUUGUGUAAAGUGUGUGGAGACAUCGCGUCAGGAUUUCACUACGGAGUUCACGCUUGUGAGGGAUGCAAGGGUUUCUUCAGACGCAGCAUCCAGCAGAACAUCAGCUAUAAGAUGUGUGUGAAGAACGAAAACUGUCUGAUUAUGAGAAUGAAUCGUAACCGCUGUCAGCACUGUCGCUUCAGGAAGUGUCUCUCUGUGGGCAUGUCCAGAGACGCUGUGCGUUUUGGUCGCAUCCCUAAACGUGAGAAACAGCGAUUGCUGGAUGAAAUGCAGAGCUUCAUGAGCAGCCACAACCCCAUGGACGUGGACUCGGAUGCGCCCUCGGAAGCCCUUCCCAUGGACACCACCCCCAGGCCUCAGUGCCACCGGUUAGGGUCACGUGAGGUCAUCAGGUCCUCAUCUCGUUUGCCAGUCACUGUGAAGGAGGAGAUGAAUCUUGUGAAGAUAAACGACGACGACGACGACCGCAGCGCUGCUUCCUCGCCGUCUCACGAGUCUCAGCUUCACUCUUUUCCUCCUCGUAUCACAUCACCUCCAUCCUGCCCCGUCCAGGGCAGAUUCGCACUCACUCACACUGAGAGCACACCCAGGCACACAGGAAGUGACAUCAAGACAGAGACGCCGUGUUCCUGGAGGCAGAGUGUUGGAGCUAAAGUUCUGGCAUGUCCUAUGAACUCGUGUCCCGUGUCUUCCUCUGAUCUCUCCACUCAGCAGGUCUGGGACACUUUCUCACAGUGUUUCAGUCCUGCAGUUAAAGACGUGGUGGAAUUUUCUCGCAGCAUCCCGGGGUUUCACAUGCUCAGUCAGGACGACCAGAUCCGACUGCUCAAAUCAGGAACCUUCCAGGUUUUGACGGUGCGGUUUUGUUCGCUCUUCGAUGCUAAACAGCGAACAGUGAGGUUUUUAAAUGGACAGACGUAUCCUCUGGCGUCUUUGAGAGCUCUUGGCAUGAGCACGCUGCUGGACGCCAUGUUUGACUUCAGCGAGAAGCUGAGCAUUCUGGGAUUGGAGUCUGACGAGAUGUCGCUCUUCAUGGCUGUUGUGCUGGUGUCUGCAGAUCGCUCGGGUAUUUCAGACCUGGACGCCGUGGAGAAGCUGCAGGACAAUUUGAUCAAAGCUCUGCGAUCGCUUCUUGCUCGACGGCGACCGAACGACUGCGAGAUUUUCUCCAAACUGCUCUUACGUCUUCCUGACCUGCGGACGCUAAACAGCUCGCACUCGGAAAAACUUUUAGCUUUCCGCAUCGACUCGUAAUUGAGAGUAAAUAAAGGAUUUAACGUUUAUAUACAAAGUGCUAAAUUACACUGUUGCCUUGAGAAGGGAAAGAAUGUAGUGACGAGAUGCCUUUAACAUUUACAUAUCAUUUUAACUGCCUGAAUUUUAUGAUGAGAAUUUAUCAGAAAUCGUUCUAUCUGUUGUUCUGACCAGAUUUUUAUUUGUAAAAGGACCUCAGCUGUGUUUCUGGUGUGAGCUUCAUCUUUUGUGUCUCUGUGAUAUUUAUUUACGUAAAAUCACUUUCUAACGCCUUAGCAUCGAUACCAGCAGCUCAGCUAACCGCGCGCUAACCGAGAAUGUUUGUAGAACAGUCAGAAGUCCUAUGAAGGUUUAACAGUCGUGUCCUUUAAUACUCUGUGGGUGUGAUGAUGGUUCGUGUUGGGAUCAUAAAGACCACAGUUAUUUGAAAACGUCGCAGCAGAAUUGCUGGAAAGUGUGAAAGUGUUAGCUGGGCUGCUAGGUUGCAUCAUAGUUAGGUAGUUAGCAGAUCAGUAGCCAUGAAAACGUCUAGGCACGUUAGCGCUGAAACAGGCAGCUAGCGUAAACCAUUUAAACCAUUUCACAACUCGUGUUUUUGUAUUUUCAAACUGUUUUUUGUUGACAUUCUGAAAAAGGACCCAAAUGAUUCUGACUUAGGUUUUAUUUUAAUAUUUCCACGAUAUUGUAGAAUUAUCACAGGUUUAAGCGAAUAUUUACCCAUUUUUAAAAACCUACACAUUUAUUUCUGUGGAAAAUUUAGCGGAUCAUCCGAAAUGUCUCAGUUGUCUGAAAUUUGCUUCUAUUAUUGUCCUCUGAUGCUGCGAGGCUAAUUUAUCCCUGGUGUAGCUACAAAUCUGUCUCAAACUAAAGCCAGGACUUCAGACAUGACUUUAGACAUGACUUUAGGACCCAGGAGCUCCUCAGACUUUCUCUAAUUCAGUCCCUUGGACAAUUUUUCCCUCAGUGAAAGUCAUCGUUUCCUCCUAAAACAAAGUCAAAUCAAACUGAUGGACUGAUUUCAGCCUUAAAAACACAACAUGUUACGAUUUAUCCACAUUAGCUACAGAAUGCUAAUCACAGUCUUACACACAACACUGUGCUGAUGUUUCCAGUUAAAUCGUUUUACUUUCGCUCUCAUACACAAGCGGCUAGUAAAUUUGGCUAGCUACUAGAUUCGAAUAACGAGCUAGCGAACGUCACGCUAAGCAGUACAUCAUAUUAAAACCAUGCUAGCUGAACUUCCUGCAUAGGAACGAGCUUUAAAUUUGAAGCUACAGUAUAGUGUGAUAGAGAGCAGACAUUUUACUAAAUUUGCAUAUUUAAUCUUCACAUUAUCAUUUUUUUAGGUUUGUGACUCAAACUUUAGCUUUUUAUUUUAAUAUCAAACUGUUUCUUUGUUCAUGAUAAAAUUUUCUUGUCAAUUUAAAGACUACAUUUUAUUUGAACGUUUGCCGGCUGCUUCAUGUCACUGAAUUACGACUGUUGGACCUCAGAGUGUAAUGUAAUCAGGAAUUGUGUAUCGAGGAAUGUUUUGCUUUUGUCUUGUGUGUGUUGUAUAUUUUGUAUUUGCGUUAUGUUUCCGUGAGUCCGAAUGACCGGACUGUCGUCUGUUAUAUAAUUUACACUUAGAGAAAAUCUAUAAGAAGGGAAAAGGAAAGCCUUAUUUUAGUGUCUGUAGUAAAAUAAAAUCUAUUAUAUAUUAUCGGUGUUGUUACAUCCUGUGAUAUUACAGUUUUAAUGCUUCUCACUCACCUUGCCUGUAUAUUUUGUAAAGGUUUUAUUGUUAUAAUCUUCCACAGAGUUAAAAUAAUAAUAAUAAAAAUAAACAAGAUUACAUGAUCA